UGGCUAAUUGGUAUAGAAUGUAUACAUGGAUAGUAUAUCACUGCCUUUUAUUCAUACAGUCAUACGAUAUUUUGUGUAUUUGCGGAUAAGUAAAAGAGAAAACUUAACAAUAAGCUUGAUUCACUUCAUGAAAUUUAGCAGAACAAUUUAUUUUAAUAAUUGAAAAUCAAUCAAACAUUCUCUGUAAAAUUAAUCUUAAUAGUUGUUGACACGUCAUCUACAAGUAACAAGGUAGUUCCAGAUAUUUUUCUUAAUAGUUUUUGUUUAUUAUAUCUAUUUACAGUAAAAGGAAACUAUAUCUAAGGUAUAAAAUGUCUUCAGAUAUCAUGAGCACAGAUUUUGGCAAAAAUAAAAAUAUGCUAGUUGCUAGACGAUACUUUUUAGUUGAUGCAAAUGAUAUUAAUGAUGAUAGAAGUUUACAUAUUCCAACUCCAUUUGAAAAGUUAAUUAGUAGUGAGUUGCAAAUAGAUGUAAAGACGGUUAAUAAAUCAAAACCUGAUUUGGAUACUGCAAAAUCUUCGAUAGAUACUAAAGAGGAUCAAACUAAAGAAGUUGUUGGACAUCAAUUGAGAUUUAGUACUCAAAAUGAAAGUAAUUAUAAAAGUAGUGAUAUUGCUGCAUUUAUUCAACCAGAAUAUGAUGCAAGCAUAGAUGAGAAGUUACCAGAGACAGUGACAUUACUUACUACACCAGAAGGAGGAAAAUUAUACUUAGUAGGCACAGCACAUUUCAGUGUUGAAAGCCAAAAUGAUGUUGCAAUGAUCAUUCAGGCUGUACAGCCUCACAUAGUUGUAGUUGAAUUAUGUAAAACUAGAAUCGGUGUUAUAAACAUUAACGAGGAAGCUCUGUAUCGUAAUGCAACAGAUUUAAGUAUUAAAAGUUUAACUGAAACAAUAAGACACUAUGGGGUUUAUAAUGGAUUGUUGCAUAUUAUGUUAUACCGCAUGGUGAGUCAUGUCGUUAAGCAACUUGGGAUGCCACCAGGUGGUGAAUUUCGUACAGCGUUCGAAGAGGCAAAAAAGGUACCAAAUUGCAUUAUUCAGUUAGCGGAUCGUUCGAUUAACGUGACAUUUCAACGUGCGUUGAGACAAUUAUCUUGGUGGGAAAUAAUAAAGCUGGCUUGGUUAAUGGUACGAUUAGAUUCUCGUAUCAGUAAACAAGACGUAGAGCGUUAUAAACGGAAAUGUGUGAUACAACAAAUGAUUUCAUCAUUGAGAGAAGAAUACCCAGCGAUAGAGAGAACGUUUGUCACAGAAAGGGAUAUAUAUCUUACAUACCAUCUUCAGAUGGCUACUGCAGCACAACACACUGCAGAAGGGCUAAAACCACCAAGAAUUGUAGGAGUUGUUGGCAUAGGACAUAUCGAUGGGAUUGUUGAAAACUGGGGAAAAGUAAAAGCCUCUGAUAUAUGGCCUAUUAUACGAGUACCUCCUCAACCUUUAUCAAGCAAAAUAUUAAAGUUUACAAUUAAAGCCUCCUUAUUGGGAGCUACGAUUUACAUGGGAUAUAAAAUUAUAUCACUACCUUCUUCUAAUGCGUUGCAAUCAAUCAAAUCGUCAUUUGAAGGAUUAUUGGAGGUCAGUGCUAAGUAGAAUAGCUGGAAUUUGACUUUUAGAGCACUUUAUUAAUAUAUAACAUAUACUUUUUAACAAGGACAAAGAAACAAAUACAAAAUAAUUGUUUCCUUUA